CGCAGCGUUGCCAACGUCCGGCGGUACGGCGAAUCUGUCGGAAGUCCGCGAUGCACCGACAGCACCGGAGCAAGGCAAGACGAUGCCGUACAGGCGCUUGUCAGAGAUGGACCGGAUCCUGUUGGAAAGUUUGGAUAUCGGCCGUUCGAGGCCCAGGCCAAUCGGUCGAUUCCUGACGAUGCACAAGAGACGUCGUAAGAGGCUUACCACGAGAUCCUUAACUCAGGAGCCGGGCAUUCUCGAUGAUAUUUUCCAUGGCCUGGUUCAGUGCGUACUACAGAAGGUCGGAAACUGGCGAUUUAAUGCCUUCACGCUGGAAACGGUAACCGGAGGUCGUUCGCUGCCAGUACUCUGCGUCCACCUUUUCCACUGGUACGGCCUUUUACAACACUUCAAGCUGGACGUGGUGACCGUCUGGAAAUUAUUCACCUUCAUUGAGGAGGGUUAUCACAGUACAAAUCCUUACCACAACAGUAUACAUGCGACCGAUGUGACUCAAGCGAUGCACUGCUUCCUCCAAGAGGAAAAAAUUAGGACGCACUUAACGAAGUUGGAAAUUAUGGCUUCGCUGAUAGGCGCGGUGACGCACGAUCUGGAUCAUCCGGGCGUCAAUCAACCGUUCCUAGUUGCCACCAGCAACCAUUUGGCUGCUCUCUAUCAAAAUACGUCAGUACUUGAGAAUCAUCAUUGGAGAUCAGCGGUGGGAUGCCUCCUGGAAAGUGGAGUUUCCGAUCAACUGCCAGCCAGCCUGAGGCCGGAGCUUCAACGGCACAUAAGCUCGUUGAUAUUAGCUACAGAUAUUACUAGACAGCAGGAGUUCCUCUUCCGAUUCAGGCACUACUUGGACGAGAGCUCAUUGGACAUGAGACGCGGCGAGGAUCGACAUUUUAUCCUGCAGAUAGCCCUGAAAUGCGCCGACAUAUCGAACCCCUGUAGACCUUGGGACAUCUCUCGAAAGUGGUCCCACAAAGUAUGCGAGGAAUUCUUCCGUCAAGGUGAUUACGAGCGCCGGCUGAAUCUCCCAGUGACACCAUUAUGCGAUCGUCAUACCACCAGCAUACCGAAAAUACAAACAGGAUUCUUCAAAUUCGUCGUGACACCUUUAUACGAGGAAUGGCACCGUUUCCUAGGCGACGGUCUCAGCGUCUCGUUAAUGAAACACCUACGCGAAAAUCAGAAAAAGUGGGAAGCAAUGACGUUGCAGGAAACAGCAGAAGAAACCGAGACCGAAAUCUCUGAACUGGAAGAAGCCGAGGAAGCAGUCAGUUCAGUGGACGACACAGCGCCAGAGGAAGAUACCGGAAGCAUCGACUUGCUCAUACCAGGAGCUUACGUCCAGUCAUCGAAGAUCCAAAGCCUCCCAGCUCGGGUCGGCUUAGAACGAGCCGGUAGACGCCAUUCCGUACCAUUAAGCAUCAGCAAACCCUUGACUCUCCUCCCAGCCAGCAACGUCAGACGAGAAAGCCUCCCAAAUAAACAAAGUAAAUUACUGAGACUCGACGAUCAAAGCUUCCUGGACCCAAGCACGCUGUCUCUAUUCUCAUCCAAAAGCAGUACCCACGAACUCUCGCCAAAUAUCAACAGUUCAGAAAGGCCGGUCAGUGCUGAGAGCCUCUUACCAGAAACGAGCAUAGCUAGCAUUACUAAUAGUACAGAGGCUACUAGAUUGAGUUCAGUUUUACAGUCUGAUGAACAGAAGCCUUCUCAGGCUAAGCAGCUAACUAGACAACAGACUUUCCCACCUUUGCAACCGUACGUUAGACAGAGGUACAUGUCCACAACUGUUGAGAUGUCUCAAUGUUUCUCACAGAUAUUAGUAGAAACUGAUAGUUUGGAUUCUUCAAGUUCAACGAAGCAAUGCUCAGAUGGUCACUGCGGUACCCCACCGAAGAAGGACGUAGACACUGGAAGCAUUUCUGUGUCUAAAGAAGAUAUAUUAAGUAAAAGACGUGGAUCUGCGAUCUCUGAUGUAUAUAAACCGAAGAUGGAGGUUGAACAGAGGAGACAUUCGGUGCAGACGAUUCGUAUAGAGGAUAGCAGCUUGAAGAAUCGUUAUAAGUUUGGUCAUGGAAUAGAUUCAAUGCAAGUUUUGUUUACUAAGGAUAAGGAAGAUGGGAUUCAGGAGACGGAAGGUUUCUCUGUCUCUAGGACAUUGGAAUCUGAAAGAUCGACAAAGCAGAGGACUAUGGUUAAAGCGGAACAGUGUGGUUUGAAGCCCAGGUGUGCCGAUUCUGAGUUGCGAAGAUAUUCAACUCCUGUGCCAGAAAAUAAGACAAUAAUGACGGAUGCCAGUGGGAGACGGUUUACGGCGAUCCCAGUGCCCUCGGAGCUCAGCACGCAUAAAGUGUUCUUCAUUGGCAGCCCACCGGACUCGCCGCCGCUUAUUCAGAGUGUUUCUUCGUCGAGCGAUAGUGGUAGUUGUAGGGGUGACGCGAGUAAUGAGAUUAUUUCGACGGGGAAUAAGAGGGACUCUGAUAGUGUGAAGGAGAGGAGCUCGAAGAUUGCCAAACUGAGUUUGGAUAUGCAGAUGAAGGAGAAUGUGGAUCCAAGAGGAGUGGAGGAUACAAAGGGCAUUGCUCUGCCUAGGAAGGGUAGCCAGUCGUGGGCUAGACGGCGUGGAUCAGCCCCAGUUGGUUUGCUAUCGAGAUUGGACGACAUCACUGUGCCUCCUAUACCAACUAGAGUCGAUCACACUUCUAGGCGCGGCUCUGUACCAAUCGAUAUUACCAGGCAACAAGGUGGCGGCUUUAAUAGAUUAGCGUUAGGACCACGCGAGGGUAACGUCGCAGCGCCUCGUAGAGCGAGUCUUCCGCAGGAAACUGCUCUCGGCAAUCUCCUUGGCAAUAUUUUAUCGUUAACUAAUGAGCGAGAGAACCUCCCGGUAAAUAAUAACAAUAACAAUAACAAUACCGGGAGUAGCAACAAUAACGGGAUAACAAGAAUAAUCGAUAGCACCACUGGGCCCGGCAUGCCGUCGCCGCGGCGGGGUUCAGUCCCGGCAGACAUAUCUGAAUUACGCCGUGAUAUGUUCAAUAGGAGUAGCAUAAACGGUAAGCCUCGUAAUCGGAAAAAGGUAUUGAAGAGAAGGAGUUCUGGAGGACCAGAAAUGUUUUCUGGAGGAUCCGCAGAUGGGAACGAUAAUAAUGGAACCUGGCUUAAGUGGAAGCGGGAGUUAGGAAAGAAGGACACGAUACCGGAACCGGUCGUCAGGCGAAGAGGUUCCCUGCCCAUUGAGAUGGUGGCCAUUUCACAUGCUGGUCGGUACAAUCAUAGAUAAAGGAGGAUGUCGAUUAAACACAAGCCGGGUCAGGAUCGGGGACACGAAGAUCAAGCUUGUGGAGGCUCUAGUAUGGCGAAGAGCCAAGUGGACCGUCCGUGUUACCAUCAGCUGACACCAGAUCAUCGAAUACUACCAUAACGAGAGUCUUUCCUUACAACGUUAGCAGCAACAGCGAUGAUUGACUUCCAACACGAUUUCCCAGAGCCACCGAAAUUCCUGAGGAACGUGUGUCUUUAAACCAAUUAUAAUUGUGGGCAAGUGGAUUUUAUAAAAUUAAUCGAAAACAAAAGAAUUUCUAUCAAUAAUUGUUUCGCACAAUACGAGAACGAGGUGGACCGCGAUUUACUUCGUCUAAUUAGAUAAAUUUAUCCCAAAUACUAUACAAAGAAGAGGCACAAUCGGCAUUAAAACAGAAAUCGUACCAUACGAUUGGCUACUUUCGUCACAGGGUUAAAAAGUGAAACAAUAGCAAGAGAGACGAGGAACUUAAAUUCUAAUGUCUUCCCCGCGAUUUACGCGGCCGCGUGGAAGAAAUGAGGACAAGUAUUAAUUCGUAUGGGCUCUAUUAUUAUCCAUUGGUGCCACGAACAAACGUUGAGGCACAGUAAAGAAAAAAACAACACAGGGUUCAUUAUGACGAUUUUAAUAAUUAAAAUGCCUAGGUAUGGGAGAAGGAGAAAAGACUGGUAGAGAAACUCACCGCUAUUCAAAUUAGACACUUCUAAAGUGAACACGUGAAUUCGAUUGAAGCAUAAUUAACAUUUGCUCAUAGUUAAGUUUUUCGUAUCAGAAAACCAACAUUUAUUGGUUUCAUCUACAGAAAACCAACGUUUUCUGGCUACCGAUCAUGACUAGAGACCCUUUAAACAGAGACUAUCAGGAGGCCAGGCUUCAUUAGUCUACAAUUUUCGUCAGUAUUCAAAACGCAUUAACUUUAUAUUAAACAUAUUUCAAAUUUCUCUCAAACAAUUAAAGUCCAGUUCAUUGGGUUUUCUUCUAAUUAAGAAUAUAUUCCUUCAAUUCAUAACUAAUAAUAAUAAUUACAUUUCAAUCCUUUACU